AUGGUCUUUUGUUCCAAUGAUAAUUUAAAAAUUAUUCGUUUACCCAACAAUACGAAACCAUUUUAUUAUAAGAUUAAUCUGAUAAUACCGCAUCUCGAGGAAAUCAACCCUGUCUUUUAUGGUGAAUCUAACGUCGACAUAAUUCAUCGUGCAACGAAAAAUAUAAGCUUACACUCAAGAGGAUUAGAAAUAAAUGAAAUAGAGACAACAUUAAUUGAACUCGAGCCUUAUACAUUUUAUAAACUGAUAAAACAUUCUUAUGACAAUGUAACGAAUAUUUUAACACUUCAUUUUGAAAAUACAUUAUUUGAGGGAUUUUACAAUCUUAAUAUGAAAUUUUCUGGAUUUGAGACUGAUCUUGUAAACAGAGGUUUUAUGAAAUUUCCGUACAUAAAUGAAGAAGAAAAAAACGGCAUAAUGACUGCAACAUAUUUCAAACCGAAUGGAGCCAAGCAAGUGUUUCCGUGUUGGGAUGAGCCAGAGUUGAAAACCAUCUUCAACAUCUCUGUAAUGCAUCAUCAGAAAUACUUAGUACUGUCAAAUAUGCAAAUGCAAAAGCAAGUGACGGGAAAAGAUGACAUGAUAUAGACAUAUUUUGACUUUACUUCUCCAAUGCCCACUUAUCUUGUAGCGAUUGUUAUAAUCCCCAAAUGUGAUUUUUAUCAUCGUUUCAACUAUAAUGUCAAUAUAUGGUAUAAUUUGUCUUUGUUAUCGCAAGUAACAUUCAUUUACAAUAUUGCUGAAAAAGUUGUGCAAUUUAUGAUUCAAUAUACCAAUAAAUCCGAGGAGAUAUCGAAAAUGGAUCAUGUUUUGAUACCGAAUUUUCCGGUCGACGGUAUGGAAAAUUGGGGACUUAUCACUUACAAUGAAUUUCAUGCUAUCUACAAUAUUAAUAAACAUUCAAUAUAUAAGAAAAUAGAAGUAGCAAAAAUAGUAACACGUGAACUUAUACAUCAAUGGUUUAAUUUGGUUACUCCAAUUUGGUGGUCUUAUUUGUGGUUAAAAGAAGGAUUUGCUACCUUCUUAGAAUCGUACAUCAUCGACAAGAUUUUUGAAGGUUGGCGAACGAUGGAUCUUUUUGUGAUUUGGACCUUACAGACUUGUUUGAUAAUAGAUGUUGGCUCAUUGAACUCUGUCACAUUGAUACUGAACAGUACCUUUGAUGAUAUGUCGCAGUAUUCUAUUGAACUUUAUGGAAAAGCUCCACUUUUAUUACGCAUGUUACAUCAUAUGGUUACUGAUGAGGUAUUCCAAAAGGGUCUAAUCAUCUAUUUGGCCAAGAAUCGAUAUAGCUCAACCAUUCCGGAUGAUUUGUGGAGCGCCAUGCAAAGUGCUCUCGAUGAAUCUGAUGUCCCGCACGAUGGUUACAGAAUAAAGGAAGUGAUGGAUACAUGGAUGAACCAAAACAGUUAUCCUGAGGUAGAUGUGCAGCGAACAAGCAGCAAAACUAAUGACAUAAUGACAUUAUCUCAAAAAUGUAUUUAUAAACAAGAAACUAAUAAAUGUAUUAAUAAUACAUGUAUUAAUAAUACGUGUACCAAUGAAUGGUACAUACCCUUAAUUUUCGCUACGAAAUCCAAUCCGGAUUUUUCCAAUACUGUGCCCAAAGCCUGGUUACGACCAAAUAAAACGUCCAUCCGCUAUCUACUUAAACGAAAAGAUUGGAUUAUUGUCAAUAUACAAACUACAGGAUACUAUCGUGUCACUUAUGAUAUUUCUAAUUGGCAAAAUUAUAUAAAUUGGAAAAUUUCAUAUUACUUAAAUUUUGAGAAUUACACGAAUAUACACUUUCUUAAUCGUGUUCAAAUCAUCAGCGAUUUAUUUGCCUCUGAUGAACAAAUAAAUAGAUCCGUCUUCGUUAGGCUUAUAAAAUAUUUAAAUCGAGAGGAAGAUAUUGUAGUAUGGCAUUCAUUGUUCCCAAUUAUACAACAAUUGUGGAAAUAUUUUUUCUUGCGGCCAGAGGCCGCACAUAUCAAGACAACCAUAACGUUACUCCUUGGCAGUUUUCUUCAGAAAAUAGGCUUUUCAGAAAGUUCUCAUGAUGACGAUAUGGUAAAACUGACAAGGCUAGAUACCAUAAAAUGCACUCUCGGUGAGUGGUAUUGCAGGAAUGAGGCAGCCAUCAAAUUAAGCGAACAUCUCAUAGAUCCUAAUAUUUACAAAUUUCCACGAUGGAUGCAAAAAUUUAUGUACUGUGCUGGUUUGACAGCCAAUAGAAUUAUUUGGGAUAAAACAUUGAUAUUAUAUCAACAUAAAAAAGAAAAAUUUAAAAACAAUUUAAAGGAAUAUCUAACGAGGGAAAAAUUUGUAAAACUCUUAUUAAGAGGAUUGAGUUGCGCUGAAGAUCCUAAUAUCAUUAUCAAUUUUUUAAAUAUUACAGCAUUCAAUCCUACAUUAUUUAACGAAAAGGAGCGUUAUUUUGCUGUCCUGUGUAUUCUUGAGAAUCAUUCGCGAAACAAUUUGAUCCUUGACUACAUAUUAAACAAUUUUGAGACUGUAAAACCUAAGUCAAUGACCACAACUACAUUAGUAACAAUUAUUCUUUCGAAUGUUUAUUCUUAUCAACAAAUUUUAUGAUUUACAGAAUGUACUAUAAAACAUGCGUGUUUAGACAUAAAUUUGAUUUACGACUGUAAAGAAAAAUACUCAUAUUAUAUAAGCGCGAAGACUACAAAGAAAGAGGAAACGGACGUGGCGAGCUUAUUCAUGCCGAGUAUAGGUCGAUGUUUCAUCUUUUACUUCGUGUUGAUAUUCAUCGUAUGUUUGGCUAAAGAUGCUCACAUCGUGGCCAGAUGGGCGGAUAAAUUGGGAAAUGAGUUAUGGGAACUCGCGAACGAAAUGGUCCGGCCCGAGGAAUUGUUAGAAAAAUACAAAAGCAUGAACGCACGAGUUGAAGAUAAGUCCGGAGAAGAGUUGAUCAACAUAAUUAGCGAAAAUGUAGGUAGGAUGUUGCGUCGAAAGAUGGACGCAGUUACCUGCAUUCGAAUAGCAGCCGAAGAGGCUGCGAAGAACUGGGACCCAUCUCUCCUAGACGGCAACUUCUCCUACGUUUCCAGUAAAUGUAGUCCUGUUGAUUCAACAAACAAGAACUCAACAAAAAAGAACUGUAACAUUCACAAGAAGAAAGAGGACGCGAAUGUGUUCAGAGAUAUGGAACUGAUUUCGGACUCGCAUUUCUACGACAUUCCGGUAAAUACGACUUAUUCAUCAGUUCAUAUACCAACCAAUGUGUACGAUCUCACGGAAGAUAUAAAAAAAGAUAUCGCGAGAACUGAACUGUUGGAUGAUAUAUUUCGUCAGAAUUACGAAUCUGAUCCGGCAUUGUCGUGGCAAUACUUUGGUACAGUUACUGGUGUACUCCGACAAUAUCCUGCUAUGGAAUGGCGAAUGAAUCUCAAAGACAUCAAUAAAGAUAACAAUAACACAAUAUAUGAUGAUAAUGACUGCAGAUUACGUAAUUGGUUUAUCGAGGCGGCCACAUGCAGCAAGGAUAUGGUGAUCCUAAUGGACGUCAGUGGCAGCAUGAUGGGCUUUGGAAAGACGAUUGCAAAGACGACAGUGAACUCGAUUCUGGAUACCUUAUCGAACAAUGAUUUCGUCACACUGCUAAAAUACAAUAACGAGACGACCGAAUUCGUGCCAUGUUUUAAGGAUAUGCUGAUUCAAGCCACUCCAGAAAAUCUCGAUGCAUUCAAAAAUUCCAUGGACAAAAUUAAUACAGAUAAUGUCGCCAAUUUCACGGAGGCUUUCACUAAAGCAUUUAGUCUACUUAAAAUUUAUCGGGAGGAACGCGGCUGUAACGUUGACUCACCGUGUAAUCAGCUCAUCAUGCUUGUUACUGAUGGUGUUCCCGGAGGACCAUUGGGGAAUAAUCUAAAGGAGGUAUUCAAAAAGUGGAAUUGGAAUGAAAAUAGUACUCAUAUACCGGUGCGAGUAUUCACAUAUCUUAUAGGAAAGGAAGUGACAAAAAUGGAUGAACUCCAGUGGAUGGUAAGAUCGUGUCUAAAUCUUGGCAACUAUACGCAAGUACGGACUCAGGAGGAAGUGCGCGAACAAGUGCUCAAGUACAUUCCAGUCGUAGCACGUCCUUUAGUACUUCAGAAUGUACAUCCUAUCGCGUGGACGCACGCUUAUACUGACAUCACGCUACAGAAGGAUAAGAACAUUGAGAAAGAUUUAUCCACCUUGAAUAUUAUAACCCGGCAAGAAUGGCAGAACAAGAAUGGCAACAGACUGUUGACUUCCAUAAGCACACCUGUGUUUGAUCGUAAGAGCAAUAGCAGCAACAUGACAGAUGCGGUGAAUGACACACUAUUCGGCGUUGCUGGCACAGACGUGCUGAUUGAUGACAUUCGCGAACUUACGUUGCCAUAUAAACUCGGCGUGAAUGGCUACGCCUUUAUUGUAUCCAAUAAUGGCUAUGUGAUAUUGCAUCCAGACCUCCGGCCAGAUUACAAAGGCCAGCUUAAAUUGAACUAUAAUAGCAUCGAUCUUACGGAAGUAGAGAUACUUGAUGACGAACGCGAGCCGAGGAAUCCGGGACCCGAAUUAUUGGAGCUGAGAUCAGCGCUGGUGGAUCACAAGCGAGGUAACAUGUUGGGGAUUCCCGUGAAAUUACAUUAUGAUGAUAAUCGUCGGGUAAACCUUGAGAAACGUGAUUAUUUUUAUGCGCCCCUACCUGGCACUCCAUUUAGUCUUGCAGUUGUUUUAUCAAAUUAUGGAACUACCUGGAUUAAGGUCGGCGAUGAGAUUCGCAGAAACCAGAAUAUGAAUGUGAAUGUGUCGGAUUAUUUUAUGGGCGAUCAUUGGCGCGUACAUCCUAGCUGGGUAUAUUGUCGUUACCAUUAUUUGGAAGGUCAUGAGUUCAAUAAACCGGAAGACGAGUUGCGUCAUUUCUUGGCGCUGAUAAACCGUCCUGGUUGGCGCUGGUCUGAGCAAUAUGAAGCUUAUUCAUCUAUAGAUGAAGAUGUUGAUGAAGAACCCAAUUGUGGCAGACAAACGCUCAAACACGAUGACUACUAUUGCAACAAAGAACUUAUGCAAUUGCUUGUAUUUGAUGCUAAGGCGACGAACAACAGCUUUCGUGAUGACUAUAUGGAGAAUUUAUCUUCAAGGGCUUGGGAUCUCGUACAUCACUAUGGUAUUUUUAUAAGAUUUAUCGCUACGCAAAGCGGGCUGACCAGGUGGCAUCAUCUUAAAACCAGCAAACUGCCGAAUGUGGAUGACAGUGUUGUUUUCGGUGAUCUUCAUAGACGAGCAGUGAAUGAACCUUGGUACAAAGGCGCGAUUUUUCAAAGUGAACUAGAUUCCGAAAGUAUUUAUUUAUCUGUUCCAUGGGAAGCAGGCGUGGAUGCGAUAGUGACUGUUUCGAUGAGUCUAUCGCCUAAGGAUGGCGGUAAGAAAGCACCAGCGGCUGUAGUGGGUUUUCAGAUGCCGAUGAAAGAUCUGUACAAGCAAUUCAUUGCAUUAAUCUCAAACAAUCAGACAAAUACGAUAAUAAAUUGCAUCCACGAUUGGAUUGACUGCUACCUGCUAGACCAAAACGGUUACAUAGUGAUCUCAGACGAACAUAAUGACACCGGACAAUUUAUGGGCACUCAGGAGGGUGCCGUCAUGCUAUCCAUGGUCAAACAGGGUCUUUAUAAUCCGAUUGACAUCUUUGAUUAUCAAGCAUGGUGCUGUAAUGAGAUUCUAAUCAAUAACUCUGCCAACAUCUUAAUGGAACCGUUGCAACAUGUUGCAAGAUUAUUGCUCUGGUUUCUGCUGCGGUUGAUAUGGUACGCGACCCAGUUUGUAAACUUGCCCGGCAUUCAUGGCAAAGUCCACUUCGAUGAGGAUGCACCAGAUCCGCCGCCACCACCAGAACCACUUAUUGAUUACUAUUCCUGUGAUCAAAAGCGAACACUCUAUAUGUUGAAUGAGACCGUUGCUGCUAAAGGCGUCACCGAUCACUCCGAUUAUUGUUCGCAGCCUUUUUACGCUCAGAGAGUUGCACAUACUAAUCUGUUGCUAGUUGUGGUGAACAACACGUAUUCAACGUGCUUGGACAUAAAAUUAGAAGUAACACCUGUCAACAUCUCACCCUUUGAGUACGCAAAUAACACGAGCGACAAACCCUGUCACAAAAUUUCAUUGAACACUUUAAAAAGACGCAGGCUGAGUUGCUUCACAGAACAUCCUCUGGAACAUGUGACUUACGGCUGCGGAGCAUCUAAACUGAUGGUGUCUUUGUUACUGUUAUGUAUCACUGUUGCUAGGAUUUUGUAUAUCUUCGUAUGA